AGACAGCGAACACUGUGAUCAUCAUCACACCCAACGUGUUCAAGAAUGAAGUUGUCAAAGAAGCGUACGAGGCUUCAGUGACGACCAAGAAGAAUGUGGUGUUCCUCCAUCACAUUGUCUCUGGAUGCAGCCUGGAAGAAGAGGCUGCGCACGCCCCAGAAGAGCUCAAGAAGUCGGUAGACAAGAUCUUCAAAGACAAGAAGUAUGUCAUCUAUGCCGAGGACUUGAGCGAGGAGUGCAAUGACAUGCUCAUUGAGAAGAUGAACCUCAGAAAUGCAGACGAGAUGAAGGCAGCGCAAGAGAAGCGUAGCCAGGGUCGCAAUAUUGGAAUUCUGAAAUCCAGUGCCAAAGUUGCCAAGGCAUUCACACAGGCUGGUGUGAAGAGAAAAUUCGAUCUCUGCCUUACUGCGGCCAAUGCAGAGCACUCCCCUGAUGGGAUGCCAGUAGUGGAUCAUUUGUUUACCACCAUGUCCAAGUUGGCUCCAGCUUUACAAAUUGGACGGAACUAUGGCGACAAGGUCUCCAAUGCAGAUGUCAGGCAUUCCUUCAACAUUGUAGUGGUGCUCACAAAGGAUGCGCUCACUUGUCCUGACUUGCAAGCGGAGUUGAAAUCUGCGCUGGAAGCUGAAGCGAGCAUCCUCAUCGUGCAUCACCUUCUUAGCUGUCCCAACUUCAAAGCAGAGCUUGAGAAAUGCGAGGACAAGGUAGUAGCGUCAAGCCUUGCGCGUGCUGCGCGUUUCAUCUACAUGACGGAGGUGGUCACAAGUGUCUUGCUGGGCAUCCUUUCGCCGGGCACGAUCAAGACCGAUGACACGAAGUCUCCAAGAACUAGACAGGCCUUGUCCUCUGGAGGUGGAAAACAAUUCCGCCUGGAGUACAAGAACUUCUACUCUUUAGAUUUAGCCAAAGAUGGUACCGGGCAAGUCUACAACACCAAGUUCUCAGACAAGAAAAAGGAUUUGCCGGGAGAUAUUGAUGCAGCGAUCAAAGCGCUGUUUGAGCUCUAUGAUCCACUGAAGAAGGGCACCAUUGGCUGGCCGCAAUUCGCUGAAGUGGACCGCAUAGUGACCGAAUGCCUUGGUGGCCAGUAUGAAGAGAUGAUCUCCCGGCGAGCGUUCUCGAUGAUGAACUAUCCAGGACUCACGCUGGAGUCAGAGAUUUCGUUCACAACCUUCCACAACUAUCAUGCGUUUGUCGCAAAGCAGAUGGGCGCAUUGGAAGGUGAUCGAGAUGCCAGCAUGCACUACAAGUAUAUUGUGGACAAGGUAAAGAGUUCGAAGAAAGGAAAGCGAUUCUUGAAGCUCUUCGACCUGUAUGUGGUGCAUGACGAGAGCAAAGAGUCAAUCGCGUUUGCCAAGCAGUUGAAAAACUCAAUGAAGGACCAUACGCCCAACGUGCGGACUGCUGUUUGCAACGAAAAAGUGCCGGGCAAAGAGGAUAUGGCAAGAACUCAGAUCGCAGCACAAAGUCUCAACGUCCUGGUGCUUCUCAACGAGGGAUGUUUCCAGAAGGAUGAAGUGGCAAAGGACAUUCUCGCUGGAGCAAACGAGGGCGCGCAGAUCUUGGUGUUGGUCAACAUGGAGAACAGCCCCAUCCUUGAGAAGGAGAAAAAAAAGGCCAGUGAGGACGUGCAGACGGCCCUCUCAAGACCUCCUGUGGUCGAGUACUGGAAGGGAAGUGACCAGGCAUGCUGCUGCAAGCUACUGGACCUCAUGAUGUUUCCCAUUGAUGCCAAUGCCAAGAGACCGAAUCCCAACAAGAAAGCAACCUUCCGACAAAAAGAGAAUCCGGUGGUGCUCUACUUGUACCAGGGCUGUGAUGAGGACGCGCAAUGUGCUCAGGCACUCACGGCCUUGGCAAACUUGGUCAGUCCCAUUAGUAAGAGUGGUGACUUGACCAGGUCUGAAUUCCUGCGCGACGGUGGCUGCGAUGUCCUGCAGGAGCGUUUCUCCUCGUUCCUCUCAGUCUCUGCCGUUGCAGAACCAGCCGCUCGCUGUGUAGCGAACUUGGCGAUGUACCCACCUUGUGCCCGAAGGAUGGCCGAGUGUGGGACGGUGAAGACCUUGGUGGAAGCCAUGACAUCGCAUGUUGAUUCGCCCCUUUUGCAGGGCGACGCUUGCUGUGCGAUUGUGAACAUCUCUCAAGAUGAAGUUGGCAAGAAGAAGGUCAACGAGCUAGGUGGCUUUCAGCAGAUGCUCCAGUCGCAAAAGCGAUUCGAGUUCAAUCCAGAGUUCUGGGAUAUGCGCUGGGGCAUGAAGGAACUCAAAGAGGGUGACACAGUCAUGGUCAACUAUCGCGGAGGGGGCCGCUGGGUGACUGGAAGUAUCACCCGAGUCAACAGGGGCAAUGGAGCAUAUGACGUAUCCUACAUGCACGGAGGCAACGAUCGGAAGGUGCCCAACAAUUUGGUGAGGCCGAAAGACAAGUCAGAUAUGAUUGAUGAAUUUGUUGCAGUGUGGCAGUGGAAGCCACAGGGAAAAUUGACAGAAGAUGAGCUGACCCUGAAAUCCGAUGGUAUGUUGACGUUGAAGAGCGAAGGCUUGGCGGCCGCAGGCACUUGGAACGUUACGGAGCCCAAGGGUGGAGGCCGCAACAUUGUGAAGAUCAAUUUAUCUGGAUCGACCUCUUCCAUUGAGAUGGAGAGAAUUUCUCUGACCACCCUGCGAGCACUCAAUGGACCACAACGAGCGGUCCUGAAGGAUUCCCUGGACGAUUGCCUGUAUGUUGAGUACUUUGAGUAUCCUGAAGGCCUUGCAGGCUUCAAGAAGCCUCCGCCACUGCUUGGACGCAAGCCAGACCUAAGCCGAUCAGAGCAGCAGAUUGACUGGGUGAAGUCAGAAAUGCCAUGGACAGGUUUGCCUUCCAACUUCGGCACCAACUUUGCUGCGAGGUGGAAGGGCAUUGUCGAGAUCACAAAGAUGGGCGACUACAAAAUCAAGAUGGAAGCAGCCACCAGUGCAAUUCUGAGGUUGAACGACAAGAUUGUUGUGGAUCUUUCUCCUGAAGGGUCCAAAGAAUGGGAAGGAAAGCUUCUGGGAGGCCCCAACCGCAUCACCGUGGACUUCUUUGCGAACGAGCCUUCUAAGUUCAUUCAGCUCUCCUACCUGGGCCCAGACACAGGCGGCGAAGAGUGGAUGGUGAUGCCAGUUGCAGUGUUGCAACACGAUUUGGCAUCGUGCCAGGUGGUGCCGAAACCUGGCUUCAUUGCCGAGUACUUCCCCAUGGACUACGAGGAUAGCAUCAUUCCAGAGGGAGUGGAUCCAGACAUUGUCCGUACUGAGAAACAGCUCGACUUUGAAGAGACCGAACAGCCGUGGCAAGGGCUGCCAGCCCGUUAUGGGGGAGCUUUUGCAGCAAGAUUCACGACGUACGUCAAUGUGACUUGCGGAGAUCAGAAGAAAGCGAAGUACCAAUUCAUGAUGGAAUCAGGUGCAAGGGGUAUCCUUUACAUCGAUGACAAGCAGCUGUCUGUGGAGGACAAGCCUGUUGACAUCGAGCUGAAGAAAGGUCAGCAUCUCAUUCGUGUGGACUACUUCUGCCACGGUGAGGACAAGCACGGUCUGAAGCUCUUCUACCGUGGACCUGAAACGAUGCCCAAAAUUGAUGACGGAGAAGAGGUACCCGAGGGUGCUGGCAAGAUUCUGGUGCCACCCACUGCAACGUGCUACUAUGCUUUGCCUUCCUGUGCACAGCCAAAAGGAGAGCCGCUGUUGAAGCAUGACAAGGCAGUUCACACAGUCCUGUGGUCCCAAGACGAUUCCCGAAUUGCAUCUGUCGGCGGUGCUGGCAAGAUCCACUUCUGGGAUCCACCAACAGGACGUUACUUACACACUCACGAUGUUGGUGGCCGGAUCACAACUGCGGCUGGAUCCAAGGACAAGAUUGCCUUGGCCAUGAAUGAUGAAGACCGAGCAAUCAAAAUCAUUGACUUUGCGACGAAGAAGGAGAUCAGAGUCCUGAAGCACGUGCCACAAGACAAUGGCGAGGAGGAGGCCGUACCAGAAGGUGAGGAGGGAGAAGAGCCACCAGUUCCGGUGAAGAAGCUUGGACCACACGAAGGCCCGGUGAAGAUCAUUGCAUUCAGUAGAGAUGGAAAGUACAUUGCUACCGGAAGCGAGGACGGUGUGCUCAAGCUGUGGGAUAUGGUCACUGGCGAAGAACUGAUGACCAAAGCCAUUACACAGACGACCAAGGACCAUGGUGAAACUCGUGUACCAAUCCAUGCUGCUGGAUUCAAUGGCGAUGGGACCAGGCUGUUGAUUGGCAGCAAUGAGAAGCACAUGCGCAUUUACAAUACUGUGGAGAAGGAUGAUCUGCGCGGCCCGGACAAGUUGCUCCCAAAGCCUGAACCACCUGAGGAGGGAUGGACUGACGAAAACCCAGAGCCUGCGGAUGAGUAUGAGAAGGGUGAUGUGAUCCUGCUAGCUGGCCACAAAGCUCCAGUGGUUUGCUUGUCCUUCUCACCAAAGGAUGAAAAUCGCGUUGCAACUUGCAGUACGGACGCGACGAUCAGAAUUUGGAAUCUGGAAUCUGGCGAGUUCCAUGCUGACCUGGUGCAGGUCAUCGAUCCCAUCCAAUGCUUGUCCGGCUUUGUGGCCUGGUCACCUGAUGCAACCUCAUUGGUGUCUUCAUCCGAAGAUAUCUACGUUGGUCUCUUCUCAGCUGUCAGUGGACAGCGCCGCGCAGAGCCGCUGCAGGGACAUCAAGCCAGUGUGCGCUUUGCGGCUUGGGCCCCAUUUUCGCAAGCGUUCGUGACCUGCUCUGAUGAUCAUGGAGUCCGUCUUUGGCACUUCUUGGUGAACAGGAAUAUCACAGAGAUUGCCGUUCUGGAGGGAGAGCAGAUGGAAUUCAAUGACGACUCGCGAAAGUGGUGGGAGAGCUUGCAGAGGAUCCGGAAUGACUUCAAGGACUACAAGAAGGGCCUGUCGCACUACGAGACAGAAGUGUACAAGCUCAAGGCAGACCUGGACGAGGCAGUGAAGCGAACCAAGUCCUACGUUGAGCGCGAGCAGCUCUUGGGGCUGGAAGUUACGGACUACUACGAGCUGGAUGGCAUGAUUGAUGACUUCAACCCAUACUACUUGCUGUGGAGCACUGUCAUUGAGUUCCAGCGCUCUGAGAAGAAGUGGACCAACGAGCCGAUCGCGACGCACAAUUCCACGGUGAUUGAAAACACCAUCGAUGCGUGGUACAAGUUGGUUUACAAGAUGAUCAAGGACUUUGACAACGACAACAUGAGGCCGGCUCAGAAGAUUGCAAAGGAGCUACGCCAAGGAAUUGAGGUCUUCAAAGGUCUCUUCCCGUUCCUAAAGUGCUUUGCCAACGAGUCAGUCCUCGACCGACAUUGGAAAGAGAUGUUCGAUCGAAUGGGUGAUUCUGCUCCAAAGCCCGCGCUGUACGGCAAUGACUACAAGAAAGUCACCCUGCAGAUGAUGUUGGACCAUAAUAUCAAUGAAUUCACCCAGGAUUUCGAGGAGUUGUCAACUGCAGCGGCCAAGCAACAUGGCUUGAAGAAAGCCAUGGGCAACAUGAAGGUUGACUGGGAACCCCUGGAGUUCCUGACGGCGGAGCGCAACGGCGUGCCGUUGCUGCGAGGCAUUGAUGAGAUCCAGACAGUCCUGGAUGAUCACAUCUCCAAGACUCAGGCGAUCCGAUCCAGUCCCUUUUGCAAACCCUUUGAGGAGGAGGUGCAUGCAUGUGAGGCUACGCUGAUGUACAUCCAAGACUUCAUUGACCAGGUGAUCGCCUUGCAAAGGUCCUGGAUGGCCUUGGAGCCUAUCUUUGCCUCAGAUGAUAUCAAGCGUCAGCUGCCUCAGGAGUCUGAGUCCUUCGCACGCAUUGACAGCAACUUCCGCAUGCGCAUGGCACAAGUGGACUCCAACAAGAAUUGCAUUGCCAUCUCGAAGAUUGAGAACAUCGUGGAAGAUAUGACAGAGGCCCAUCAGAGCCUGGAGUGCCACAUACUGAUCAUGACAUAG